AUGGAACGCAAAACGGAGCACGACGAAGAGGCUGGACCGUCACGGGAAUCGAAGCCGACGACGCAGCGUAUUCCCGAAAGUAAGAACGAGACCGGCGACGUUGUGGAUGCCGUAUUGGCCGUUGCAGCGAGAGUGGAGAUGAUCGAGAAAGGAGAAUCGGCGCAGCAGACGCACACCACUAAGCAGACACGUGGUGCGCAGCAAUUGAAGCUAAACGGUGAGAAAAGAAGUAAAACGAAAUCGAGCAAGGAGAAAAGCAUCAAUGCGCUUGUAGCCAAAUACGACGCAGAGAUGCGAGAGAAAGAUAACGAGAUUGAGAAUUUGCGUUUGAAGGUUUCCAAAUUGAAACGCAAUCAACGUCGUCCCGUUGAUAACCCUUGCGUGACAAGUCGUAGUGCAACAAAGGAGAUGGAUGAGGAUGAGCGCAGCACGGCGAGUGAGGAUUUAUCUAGCGGUGAUCGUGAGCUCGUUGAAAGUGAUGUGGAAACGGAGGUUGAAGAAAAACCCCUUACGCGUCGUCAAGAGUCGGCACGUAAACGUUUAUCGAUGCCAUUACCCCCGUUUAGUGGUGCCCCCGAGGAUUGGCCGGCGUUUAUCAGCUGUUUCGAGGACACGACAAAAGCAUGUGGCUUUUCUAACCUCGAAAACUUACAACGAUUGAGACAAAGCCUAAGUGGAGAUGCAUUGGAAGCGGUAAAUGGAACGUUGAUGCUCGCGGAUGCUGUUCCGGACAUGAUAAAGGAGCUGCGAAAUUUAUUUGGGAAACCUCGUCGUAUCCUGAAGGCGCUGUUACGCAAGGUUCGAGCUGUACCUGCUCCGGAUGCUGAUCGACUGGAGACGUUUAUAAAUUUCGGACUCGCAGUAAAACAAUUGGUCGGACACAUCGUGGGUGCGAAGCUGACGGAGCAUUUAAGCAAUCCUUUGCUCGUCGAAGAGCUGGAGGAGAAGCUCCCUCCAGGUUACCAGUUGGAUUGGGUAAGAUAUAAACGGCAUAGGCGUGGAAAAUCUCUACAAGUGUUUUCAAGCUACCUGACUGCCCUUACGGAGGAUAUCACGGAAGUGAAGGAUUUCGGAAGCUACAAGACCAACAGAGGAAAUUUCCGUUCCGGGACCCGUGCAAACCUAAAUCAUCAUGCGAUCGAAAACAGGGACGUCAAAAAGUGCUACGUUUGCAACAGCAUUUCGCACAAGGUGAGAGAAUGUAACGAAUUUAAGAAUCUUUCAGUACUAAGCCGGCUGGACUACGUAAGGAAAAAUUCGUUAUGCGAGAACUGUCUGAACAAUCACGGAAGAGCUGUGUGUCGGUUUAGGCGUGCAUGCGGGUUUGAGGGAUGCAACGAUCACCACCAUCCUUUGCUGCAUCAGACGUCUACCCUAGUGGAAGCUGCGUGCAACGCACAUCGUGGAAAAUAUCCUUCCACGGUUUUUCGAACGAUGCCAGUUACGUUAUCGGCGGGUGAUCGUACUUAUGAUACGGUGGCCUUUCUGGACGAAGGGGCUUCGGGAACAUUUGUUGAGGAUGAAGUUGCCGAUGCGCUUGGCAUUCAAGGCGUAAAUGAGCCGCUAGUGGUGAGCUGGAGUGCAGACGUCGAACGACGGGAAGAUAAGUCAAGGAAAAUCGAUGUCGUUUUAUCCACAAGAGGAUCAUCAGAGAGCUUUCUACUAAAGGGAGCACGAACCGUGGAAAAGCUUGUGCUUCCUUCUCAAAGAGAGUCCUAUCGUUAUCUACAGCAGCAAUACCCACACCUGAAAGGUGUGCCAAUUGAAGAGGCGGCAAAUGAGCCCGUGAGGAUACUGCUAGGACUGGACAACCUGCAUUUAUUUGCCCCGAUGGAGUCGAAAAUUGGCAAGCCAGGAGAGCCAAUCGCCGUGAAAAGCAAGAUCGGUUGGUCAAUUUAUGGCCCGAAGAGUACGUUACCAACGAAGAGCUGUAUGACGUUUUAA